ACACAUCCACACACGCUCUGCCUUGAUCACACACCGCGCCACUUGAUCAUUCGAGCACAUUCCUUCCUUCCGUCUUACUGUCUCAGCCCUUGACUUCUACAAACCCAUGGAACAUUUCUGGAAAGACGCUUUUGAACCAGCAGGGUGGCCCAUCCGCUGCUGAGCCCUCUGCGUGCGCGGGAAGCCAGUCUGUACCUCGGCGGCUGCCACUGACCAUGACCAUGACCCUUCACACCAAAGCCUCGGGAAUGGCCUUGUUGCACCAGAUCCAAGGGAACGAGCUGGAGCCCCUCAAUCGCCCGCAGCUCAAGAUGCCCAUGGAGAGGGCUCUGGGCGAGGUGUACGUGGACAACAGCAAGCCCGCCGUGUUCAACUACCCCGAGGGCGCCGCCUACGAGUUCAACGCCGCCGCCGCCGCCGCGGCCGCCGCCGCCUCGGCUCCGGUCUAUGGCCAGUCGAGCAUCACCUACGGUCCCGGGUCCGAGGCGGCCGCCUUUGGUGCCAAUAGUCUGGGGGCUUUCCCCCAGCUCAACAGCGUGUCGCCCAGUCCGCUGAUGCUGCUGCACCCGCCGCCGCAGCUGUCGCCGUUCCUACACCCGCAUGGCCAGCAGGUGCCCUACUACCUGGAGAACGAGCCCAGCGCCUACGCUGUACGCGACACCGGCCCUCCCGCCUUCUACAGGUCCAAUUCUGACAAUCGACGCCAGAAUGGCCGAGAGAGACUGUCCAGCAGCAGCGAGAAGGGAAACAUGAUCAUGGAGUCUGCCAAGGAGACUCGCUACUGUGCUGUGUGCAACGACUAUGCCUCUGGCUACCAUUAUGGGGUCUGGUCCUGUGAAGGCUGCAAGGCUUUCUUUAAGAGAAGCAUUCAAGGACAUAAUGAUUACAUGUGUCCAGCUACAAACCAAUGCACCAUCGAUAAGAACCGGAGGAAGAGUUGCCAGGCCUGCCGGCUGCGCAAGUGUUACGAAGUGGGCAUGAUGAAAGGCGGGAUACGGAAAGACCGCCGAGGAGGGAGAAUGUUGAAGCACAAGCGUCAGAGAGAUGACUUGGAAGGCCGAAAUGAAAUGGGCACUUCAGGAGACAUGAGAGCUGCCAACCUUUGGCCAAGUCCUCUUGUGAUCAAGCACACUAAGAAGAAUAGCCCCGCCCUGUCCUUGACAGCUGACCAGAUGGUCAGUGCCUUGUUGGAUGCUGAACCACCUUUGAUCUAUUCUGAAUAUGAUCCUUCUAGACCCUUCAGUGAAGCCUCGAUGAUGGGCUUAUUGACCAACCUGGCAGAUAGGGAGCUGGUUCAUAUGAUCAACUGGGCAAAGAGAGUGCCAGGCUUUGGGGACUUGAAUCUCCACGAUCAAGUUCACCUUCUGGAGUGUGCCUGGUUGGAGAUCCUGAUGAUUGGUCUGGUCUGGCGCUCCAUGGAACACCCGGGGAAGCUCCUGUUUGCUCCUAACUUGCUCCUGGACAGGAAUCAAGGUAAAUGUGUAGAAGGCAUGGUGGAGAUCUUUGACAUGUUGCUGGCUACGUCAAGUCGAUUCCGCAUGAUGAACCUGCAGGGAGAAGAGUUUGUGUGCCUCAAAUCGAUCAUUUUGCUUAACUCUGGAGUGUACACAUUUCUAUCCAGCACCUUGAAGUCUCUGGAAGAGAAGGAACACAUCCACCGAGUCCUGGACAAGAUCACAGACACUUUGAUCCACUUGAUGGCCAAAGCUGGCCUGACUCUGCAGCAGCAGCAUCGCCGCCUGGCCCAGCUCCUCCUCAUCCUUUCCCAUAUCCGGCACAUGAGUAACAAAGGCAUGGAGCAUCUCUACAACAUGAAAUGCAAGAAUGUCGUGCCUCUCUAUGACCUGCUGCUGGAGAUGCUGGAUGCUCAUCGUCUUCAUGCCCCCACCAGUCGUAUGGGAGUGCCCCCGGAGGAGCCUAGCCAGAGCCAGCUGACCACCACCAGCUCUACUUCAGCACAUUCCUUACAAACCUACUACAUCCCCCCGGAAGCAGAGGGCUUCCCCAACACCAUCUGAGAACUCCCAGGCUCCCCACAAGGUCCUCGAAUCCCUGAAACAUUUUACCCAUGUCCUGUAUGACUUUAGCAGAAUUC